AUGAAAAGGAGAAAUUUGAACCCACAGUCUUCAGGGAUACGAUUGUCCAAGGCCUCAAUGAAGCUGGGAAUGACCUGGAGGCUAUAGCCAAGUUUCUGGAUGCAACAGGCUCUAGGCUUGAUUAUCGCCGCUAUGCCGACACACUCUUUGAUAUUUUGGUAGCUGGCAGUAUGCUAGCUCCUGGAGGCACACGCAUAGAUGACAAUGAUAAGACCAAGAUGACCAACCACUGUGUAUUUUUUGCAGAUGAAGAUCAUGAUGCCAUCCGAAAUUAUGCUCAGGUCUUCAAUAAACUUAUCAGGAGAUACAAAUAUCUGGAGAAAGCAUUUGAAGAUGAAAUCAAAAAGCUUCUGCUGUUUCUUAAAGCUUUUACUGAGACAGAACAGACAAAGCUGGCAAUGCUUUCUGGCAUCCUGUUAGCCAACGGGACUCUUCCUGCUACAAUUUUAACAAGCCUCUUCACUGACAAUAUAGUCAAAGAAGGGAUUGCAGCCUCUUUUGCUGUAAAGCUUUUUAAAGCAUGGAUGGCAGAGAAAGAUGCCAAUUCUGUUACCUCUGCUUUAAGAAAAGCCAACCUUGAUAAGAGAUUGCUAGAACUAUUUCCAGCCAACCGGCAGAAUGUGGACCAUUUUGCCAAGUAUUUUACCGAAGCAGGUCUAAAAGAGCUCUCAGAUUUCCUUAGAGUUCAGCAGUCACUGGGGACUCGUAAAGAACUUCAAAAAGAGCUACAAGAACGUCUCUCUCAGGAAUGCACCAUUAAAGAGGUAGUGCUUUACGUAAAAGAGGAAAUGAAAAGAAAUGAGCUGCCAGAGCCAGCAGUGAUUGGUCUCCUGUGGACCUGUGUCAUGAAUGCUGUGGAAUGGAACAAGAAAGAAGAGCUGGUUGCAGAGCAAGCCCUCAAACAUCUAAAGCAAUAUGCCCCCCUGCUUGCUGUGUUCAGCACUCAAGGCCAGUCAGAGUUGAUUCUUCUCCAGAAGGUGCAGGAGUACUGUUACGAUAACAUCCACUUCAUGAAAGCCUUUCAAAAGAUAGUGGUACUCUUUUAUAAAGGUAAAAGUCUAAAUCCACUGUUGUAUACUGUGUGUGGAUUCUCGAUGCCAUCCGCUCAGCUAUGA